UCUCGAGUGAAACGGUCGCAAAAUCUUCUGGUAGUGGAAUCGGGACACUGCUAGCAGUAUCCCAUUAAUAAUUACUGCUGAUAGUGAGUUUUAAAAAUGUGGAAGAACUUGAUAAAGUGAAACAGUGAACUCGAGCACCCAACUGAUAGCUAACGUUACCUAAUCCGUGGUUAAGCGGAAAAGAAUUUGAACUUUUCCGACAGAAUUUGCAAAAAUGUUGACAAAUAGGGCAAUACUCUACGCCCUUAUCGCUUGCUUUGGAUUAGCCGCAGGGAUCAGUCCGAGGGAUUUGUAUAGCUACAUGAAUGAAGCGAGUGAAGUUUUGCCCCGUGGUGACGAAGAGUUCGCAGAGCUUAAACUGUUUACACCGGUGCAUUUCUACAGCGAGAAAUAUGAUCACGUCUAUAUCAACACCAAUGGCAUUCUUACGUUUGGCUCCGAGUUUCAGAAUUAUCUGAAUCUACCGUUUCCGAUCGAGUAUCCAUCGAUCGCUCCGUUUUAUGCAAACGUAGAUACAACACUGCCGAACGAUACAGCUGCUAUAGUGUACUUCCAGUCGACGGAUGUCGAUCUGCUGGAUCAGGUGACUGAUCUGGUACGAAGCGCGUUCAGCGAUGCGAUAGAUUUCGAGGCCAGUCACGUGUUUGUCGCUACCUGGGAACACGUUGGACAUUUCAACAUGAAAAAUGAUAUUACGAAUUCUUUCCAAGUUGCCUUGAUUCUGAGUGAGGAGGAAUCCUACGUGCAGUUUUUGUAUCCAGAAAAUGGAAUCAACUGGGUUCAAGGAGAUACCGGUGAAUCCGGCUUGCCGGAUGUGCGCGCACAGGCGGGAUUUAUAUCGGAGGAUGGCAGGUAUCUCCCGUUGCAGGGCUCCGGAACGGAUAAUAUAAAACAUUUGACUGUUUCUUCGAACGCUGGUGAACCAGGCACAUGGUUGUACAAAGUAGGUCCGCUUGACCAGGAUCAAAAUGUUCAGGAACCGAAUCUUUUGGUAGACGGAUCUUCCCAUGAACCACGAACCUGCGCGGAGGGUGGCCAUUUCAAGUGUCACUCGGCAGCCACAUGCACGGACACCAGAACGGGCUACUGCUGCUCUUGUAAAAAUGGUUAUUACGGAAAUGGGUUUAGCUGUGUGAAAAAUGAUGUUCCGUUGCGAGUGGUUGGCGCCGUUAAAGGUAGAUUGAAUCAAUGGACAAUCGAUACUCAAAUGCAAUCGUAUGUUGUAAUGACGGACGGUCGGACAUACACUGCCUUAAGCUCACUGGAAGAUGACAUCGGUACGAGCUUGCAGCUGGCCCAUACAAUCGGUGCUAGCAUUGGCUGGUUGUUUGCAAAACCAAUUGGAAAUGUUCUCAAUGGAUAUCAGGUGACGGGUGGAAAGUUCAAUCAAACGACAACCAUCGCUUUCAAGGAUAGUGAAGAUAAUCUUCGUAUCGAUCUACGAUUCAAUGGGUUGAAUUUAUGGGAUCAGCUUUCCGUGGACAUUAACGUAGAAGGUCAUGUAGCUCCGAUUGCUACGCGGGAGAAACUGCAAAUUGAAGAUUACUCAGAAAUCUUCCAAAAAGUCGGCCGAGAUCGGUUCGAGUCGUAUACUGCUCACUCGGUGCAUGUGCCUUCCGAGAAGCGUGAUAUAUCCUAUACCAUCCAUCAGGUGAUUUCUUUUGAACCGUGCAGAUUUUUAGAUAGCAACGAGAAUACAACUUUCCGAACUGCUACCCUGAAGACCAGCAAAAUCAAUCUGGGCUACGAACCCAGAGAGCAGGCCAUCCGCAUGGGAAUGCUAAGCAGGAUUACUUCGGGAGAAACGUUAAAUCCUUGUGAUGAUGCGAACUGUGGAGACAACACAGUUUGCGUGCCAAACGGAGAUGACUCCUACGAUUGUAAUUGCAAAAAUGGAUUUACGUACGUACCGUACGUCACCACAAACAGUGACCGGGUUAAUUGUGUCGAUAUUGAUGAAUGUUCUGGUGUAAAUAUCUGCGACGAAAACGCCCAAUGUGUUAACGAACCUGGCGGCUACAAAUGUGUUUGCAAUCCAGAAUACGAAGGCAAUGGAUACCAGUGUGAUCCAAUUAGGCUUCGAUCUACCGCUCCCCCCUCUGUUGUACCCACACCGGCAAACACGUAUUACGAGAUCGAGUCACAGACUCUCAAGAAAGAAGAUGAAGCAUGCGAGUAUUGUUCGGAGUACGCGGACUGUGUCAACGGGCAGUGCGAAUGUAGACAUGGAUUCGCCGGUGAUGGAUUCGUUUGUGAAAAUCCUUGCGACGACGAUCAACUGUGGAAUGGAGAAACCUGUGUAAAGCAUGCAUCGACGGAGGAGUACGAGAUCGCACCGUUCUGCACUACCCAGGGCUGCACAUGUCCUACAGGCUACAUGCUAAUCGAAUACGCGUUCAAUCAAAUUUGUCGCCUAAUUGAAGCACAGCCAGAUCAGCAUUUGCCGUCCUGUGAUGUAGAAAAUCACUGCAGUCCCUUUGCAAACUGCGAAUGGAGUGACCACCAAUAUCGGUAUGAAUGCGUUUGCAAUCCUGGGUAUGAUGGUGACGGUUACAGCUGUAUUGAAAAGGAGGUAUCCUGCCUUGACGAAGAAGACAUCUGCGAUCAGCAUGCAUCCUGCAACUACAUUGUGAGCUUGAAGAAGUCCGUCUGCGUCUGCAAUAAGGGUUACGAAGGCGACGGACGUAGCUGUCAACUGUCUGCGGAAUGCGGAGUGGACGAUGACUGCGGAAUGCACUCUGUGUGUACAGACGGACUCUGCGUUUGCCAAGAGGGAUUCGAGCGAGAUGUUUCAGAUUUCUGCGUACGGGCAGGAUCAUGUGGCGGAACUUACUGUGCGGAGAAUGCCAUUUGCAAGUGGGAUCAUCAACAGGGCAUCCCGUACUGUCACUGCCCGGAAGGAUAUGUUGGGGACGGAGUUAUGCAGUGUAAAUCGAUUCCACCGCCUUGUAAUGUACGCAAUAACUGCGGCUUGCACGCGACUUGUGGACCUAAUUUUAGGGAACCAUCCAAAUAUGAGUGCUCAUGCAAUCCAGGGUUCUUUGGUGAUGGAUUCGUCUGUACUCCUGAGCGAAACUGUGCAAACAUACCGAGUUUGUGUGAUCCUAGUGCCAGGUGUGUUUCAACAACUACCGGAUAUCGCUGCAUAUGUAACGAAGGUUUCAUUGGUAACGGAACUGUCUGCAAAACUGCCCCUCGAUUAGACUCCGGCUUUCUUCUGAUCAGUCAAGGAGUGGCAACUGUUAAGGUUCCUUUCUCUGGCACUCGUGGCGUCCCGGUUACUAUGGCCCAAAUGGUCAUAGGUGUCGAUAAAGAUUGCGCUGAAGGUCGCAUUUACUGGAGUGAUAUCUCGGCAAAACAGAUCUUCAGCUGUAAAUACGAUGGUACGGACCGUAAACCGUUUAUAACGAAGGAUAUAAGCUCCCCAGAGGGGGUAGCAGUCGACUGGAUAUCCCGCAGGAUAUACUGGACCGACUCGGCCAAGGAUACUAUUGAAGUUGCUAGUCUAGAGAAUCCUGAACUAAGAGCGAUAAUUGUGUCCAAAUAUUUGGUCAACCCUAGAGGCAUCGCUGUUGAUCCUCAUCAGAGCAAGUUGUACUGGUCGGAUUGGAACCGUGAGGGUCCAAAAAUUGAGUGGGCCAAUCUGGACGGAACCGAGCGGCAAGUGCUGGUUAGUGGACCACAAGUUGCGCUACCCAACAGCAUCCAGGUGGCCCCAGGAUCGGGUGAACUAUGCUACGCAGAUGCCGGUACUAAGAAGAUCGAAUGUGUUGACACGUACAGCAAGCAAAUUCGAACUGUAGCCAGCAACUUGACGUAUCCGUUUGGGUUGGCCGUCACGGGUGAUCAUUUUUACUGGACCGACUGGACCACGAAAAAGGUUGAGUCCAUCAAUUCUUACGGUGAGCGUCAGAGAGGAAUUCCAUCUCCCGUGUUCGGUAGUCAUAAAAUGUAUGGAAUGACAGCAGUCACGGACAAAUGCCCGCUAUUUCACAGCCCGUGCGUGAUUAACAAUGGUGAUUGUCCGGAGAAAAGAAUUUGCUUGGCGAACCCGAGAGCACCCUCCGGUAGAGGCUGCAAGUGUGCCGACGAUCAUAACUGUAACGAAAUAAUUUUAGACUACUAGUCGUAGUAGAUUCUGUAAGAAUCAGUCAGCCUUAGUAGGCUGAUACAAUCAAUAUCUUUAACUUGUGCUAGCUGCCACAAAGCUUAGGCGACUCCCAACAAAUUAUUUGGUCGAUUAACAGCUUAAUAAGCUGUUACUCAAUCCAAUUGUUUAUUGGGUUGACAUGAUAUGAUUCAAACAAGUAUACUUCAAGGAGAAUAUGUUGCAGUUUAAAAAAUAUGAACGCACAAUCUGCAGUUUGAAUAAUGAUUUCUUCGUAAGUGAUAGAAGCUUUGGAAGUAGGAUUAAGAAAAUCGUGCCUCAUAAAAGUUAUCGAAUAAAUGCAUUGAUUUAUGAUGUGA